AUGUCGGCCGCCGCGGGACCAGAAGUGGGCAAGCCUGUUGAGCCAGUUGGCGCCGACAUUGCUGCUACCGCUGCUGCCGCUCCCGCGACAAGCGCCGCAGACGGCGUCCAAGGCGACGCUGUCGCUGCAGCGGCCGAAGCUGUCAUCGUCGCCAAUGCCGCAACCAUGGCCGCCGCCACCCUCGAUGGCGAGUUUGCUGCAGCGGCCGCCUCUGAGGAGGACAAGGGCAGCCAGGCAGACCCUGGCCGCUUCUCGUCUCCCCGGCCCGCUCCCGUCGACACCUGCGGCACUCCGGACGCUCGAUGGGACCUCCGAAGACCAUCGUACACUGCUGCUUCGCCGGGUGUUCUGUCGCUCAAGCGGCUGGCUGCCGCCAGCAGCGAAUCGAGUGGCUCGUCGACCGACUGCUCAUCGUCGCUCCCCUCGACGGAGCCCUCGACCACGCCGUCCGAAUUCUCGACGAGCAACGGCCACGGCGACCGCAAGAGGCUCAAGAUCACGCCGCGCAGAUCCAAAAAGUCCAAGCAUCUUCAGCUGCCACACCCGCUCGGCGUCAAGCCGCUCGGCAACGCUUUCCUGUGCCCUGGCCAGAAUGGCCGCUCCGGCACUCUUGGAACGCUGGCCCUCCUCGACGACGACCUGAUUGUCCACAUCCUUGGCCUGCUCGCGGCCGACGACGGCGAUGUGACCACUCUUGCCCGCGUUGAAGCGACGAGCCGAGGCCUCUACGCCUUUGUCAACUCGCUCAACUCGCUGUGGCGCGACCGAUUCCUGCAGCGCUUUGAGGGCAAGGUCAAGAGGUGGUGCGGAAGCUGGAAGAGGACGUACGCCUGGCACCACAAGCUCGACCGCAUCGCUGGCCAAAAUGGGGCGCAAGGUCACCAACUCGGUGGCGCGCUCGAUGCCUCUGGCCUCGUGUUGCUCGAGCCGCCAAACCCUCCGACCCGCGCCAGCCACCUCUUCUCCGACACCCUCUUCCACCCCUUCCGCCUCUCGCUGACCCCGAUCGACCAUUUUCUUGCGCCAGAGGCGCCCCACAUUCCCAUCGCCCACGUCGACGUCAGCAAGCCUGGCGCCGUGACGCUCUUCCGAGAGCGGCACGCCGAGGCCAACGUACCGGCCAUCAUCGAAGGUGCAAUGUCGCCCAAGGACUGGCCCUGCCGGCAGUGGACGCUCGAGCACCUGGCAUCGCGAUGGCCCACCCGCUACUUCCAGUGCGAGGCGGUGCGGUGCCGGCUGCCAACGUAUCUCAGCUACGCCAAGAGCGUCGAGGCGCUAUGCGGGCAGGCGCAGGUGGACGACGACGAUGACCGCGACGAUGGCAUUGCGGACGGAGCGGACGGCAAACAGCGUCCGAGUAGCAAAUCUCGCUCGCCCACCGGGACGCCGAGCACCGACGGUUCAGGCGACAGGAAGCAGCUCCACCAUGCACCAGCGCUCGUGCGCCGCACGUCGGGCCUGUCGGCGAGUGGAGCCUCGUCGCCGCACAGCGGAAGCAACCAUGGUGAAGAGGCGGAGCCUUCGUUGGAUCCGUACGCCAUCCCCGACGAGUCGCCCUUCUACCUGUUCGACGCCGCGUUUGCCGACGACCCGCACGCCUCGCUCGAGUGGCGGGUACCCAAGAUCUUCCACCAGAUCUCGGCCGAGGUGCCUGAUCUCUCGGGCCACAGCGCCGGGGUGCGCUCCGACCUGUUUUCGCUGCUCGGCCCGCUGCGCCCCGACCAUCGCUGGAUCAUUGCCGGACCGGGCCGCAGCGGCAGCGGCUGGCACAAGGAUCCCAAUGGGACCUCUGCCUGGAACGCCGUUCUGACGGGUCGCAAGGCGUGGAUGAUGCUGCCGCCCCACGUUGUCCCGCCGGGCGUCUACGUCAGCGACGACGAGGCCGAGGUGACGGCGCCGCUCAGCAUCGCCGAGUGGCUGAUCGGAUUCGCACAGGAGACACGCAGGACCUACGGCCCCUCUGCGGCGCGCGCCGAGGACCGCGUGCUGCUCGAGGGCGUGUGCGAGGCGGGCGAGGUGCUCUACGUGCCGAGCGGAUGGUGGCACCUCGUCGUCAACCUCGAGGAGUCGGUCGCCCUCACCCAGAACUUUGUCUCGCCGCCAGAGCUCGGAGUGGUGCUCGACUUUAUGAAAAACAAGGCGGAUCAGCUGUCGGGCUUCAAAAAGCCACGCCCCGGCGUGCACGGCCCUGCCUCGUCGUCGCCGCACUCGUCUCCCGCGGACUCCUCCUCUGCUGCUGCUGGCAACGGCAAGAACAGCAACGAGGUCGAGGACGACGAGGAGUGCGAGAACGGCGCCGGCUUCGGCGUGUUUGAGCUGUUCUGCGAUCGGCUGGGCAAGUUCGACAAGGAGCUGCUCUCGAGCGGGCUGGAAAAGAUGGCGGCGAUCGAGGCGCGGCGGGCCGCCGAGGACCGUCUGGCGGGCCGUACCUGCACGCGAAUCGUUCGCGCCAAAGCCGAGGCCGGUGACGGGGAUGGACCUUCAUCGGCGGCAGCUGCCUCGGCGACAGGGGCGCGGGCUCAGACCUGGUGGGAAAAGCUCAAGCAGGAACCCAUCGGCUCGCGUGCCACAGCAGCAGCGGCUCAGCAGCCCGCCGACGACGUCGAGAUGCGAGCUGCCGACGAUGUCGCCACCGCCGCCGCCGCCAAGCAGACUGGACCGGAUACCGCCGUCACCUUCUCCUUUGGCUCCCAGCUGGCCGGCGAUGAAGAGCUGGACGAGGUGCCGUGGUGA